AGAGCAACAGAAAGGAUGGAUGAUUCUGUAGAUGUACCCCAGGGUCUGUUGACAUUCAGGAAUGUGGCUGUGGACUUUUCCCAAGAGGAGUGGGAAUGUCUUGACUCAUCUCAAAGGGCUCUGUACAUGGAUGUAAUGUGGGAGAAUUAUAGCAAUCUAGUUUUUAUAGAGAACCAUUGCAUAUGUGGUAAAUAUGAGAAGGUCUUGGAUCAAGGCUCAAAGCAUAUUGUCCAUCAGCAUGUGAAUACCCAAGAGAAGUCUCAUAAAUGUUACAAGCCUGGCAAAAUGAUUCAUGAAUCCUCCCAAGGUGUACCCUAUAACAUAAGUGAUACUACAGAAAACUGCAAGGACUACAGAAGUGGUAACCACAGUGAUACUUCUCUUGAAUCAUCAAACCCAAGGAGACAUGAAAGUGGGAACACUGCAGAAGAUCGCUAUGAAUAUAAAGAUUAUGGAGAAUGUUUAAAUUUCUGCCCCAUUAUUAGCCAAUAUGAACUAAUCCACACUGCAAAGAAAGAACAUCAAAAUACAGAGUAUGAUGAAUUUUUUGACUAUAAACAUAAGCUAAAGGUGAAACAAAUCCAUAGUGGAGAAAAACCAUACCAAUGCAGGAAAUGUGGGAAAUAUUUCAGGACCUAUUUGAGCCUUAGUAGACAUCAGAGGACUCAUCCUGCAGAGAAACCCUAUAAAUUUACAGAAUGUAGUAAGUCCUUUCUCUAUUUGUCACACCACAAAGUACAUUACAACAUCCAUUAUGGAGAAAAGCCCUACAAAUGUACAGAAUGUGGCAAGUGCUUUUAUUAUACACUGGGCUUUAAAAGACGUUACAGAAUUCACACUGGAGAGGAGACUUACAAAUGUAGUGAUUGUAGAAAACCAUUUAUCUGCUGCUUAGGUCUUAGAAAAUAUCAGAUUAGUGGAGGAGAAAGGCCUUACGAAUGUAAACAAUGUAGUAAGUCCUUCUAUACAUUGUCACACCUUGAAUAUCAUUACAGAACUCACAGUGGAAAGAAACUUUAUAGAUGUAAUGAAUGUGGUAAAUCGCUUUCCACCUCCUCAGGUCUUCAAAGACAUCAAAGAAUUCAUACAGGAGAAAAAUCUUACAUAUGUGGUGAAUGUGACAAAUGCUUUAUCCAGAAAUCCCAACUUAAAACACAUCAAAAAAUUCACACAGGAGAGAAAACUUACAAAUGUAGUGAAUGUGAGAAAUGCUUUUCUGUUGGUGCAUCUCUUAGAAUACAUCAAAGAAUUCACACAGGAGAGAAACCUUACAAAUGCAGUGAAUGUCACAGAUGCUUUAUCCAGCAAGCCCACCUUAGAAGACAUCAGAAAACUCAUACGGGGGAGAAACCUUACAAAUGUAAUGAAUGUGAGAAAUCCUUUACUGUUGGCUCAGAUCUUAGAAUGCAUCAGAAAAUUCAUACUGGAGAGAAACCUUACAAAUGUAGUGAAUGUGACAAAUGCUUUAUCCAGAAAGCCAAGCUUAAAAAACAUCAGAGAAUUCACACAGGAGAGAAACCUUACAAAUGUGGCGAAUGUGAAAAAUCCUUUACUGUUGGCUCAGAUCUUAGAACACAUCAGAAAAUUCAUACUGGAGAGAAACCUUACAAAUGCACUGAAUGUGACAAAUGCUUUAUCCGUAAAGCCAACCUUAGGAGACAUCAGAGAAUUCAUACAGGAGAAAAACCUUACAAAUGCAAUGAAUGUGAGAAAUGCUUCAUCCAGAAAGCUAAUCUUAGAACUCAUCAGAGAAUUCAUACAGGAGAAAAACCUUACAAAUGUAAUGAAUGUGGUAAAUCUUUCACUGUUGGCUCGGAUCUUAGGAAGCAUCAGAAAUGUCAUACUGGAGAAAAACCUUACAAAUGCAAUGAAUGUGACAAAUGUUUUAUCCGGAAAGCCCACCUUAGAAGACAUCAAAGAAUACACACAGGAGAAAAACCUUACAAAUGCAGUGAAUGUGACAAAUGCUUUAUCCAGAAAGCCAAUCUUAGAACACAUCAAAAAAUCCAUACAGGAGAGAAACCAUAUAAAUGUAGUUACUGUGACAAAUGCUUUAUCCAGAAAGACCAUCUUAGAACUCAUCAGAGACUUCAUACAGGUGAGAAACCUUACAAAUGUAGUGAAUGUGAGAAAUCUUUUGCUGGUGGCUCAGUUCUUAGAAAACAUCAGAAAAUUCAUACUGGAAGAAAUCUUACCAAUGCAGUGAAUUUGACUAAUCCCUUAUCCAGAAAGCCAACCUUAGAACUCAUCAAAGAGUUGAUACAGGAGAGAAACCUUAUAAAUGCAAUGUAUAUGGCAAACUCCUUACCUGUCUCUCAGGUCUAAGAAAACAUCAGAAAAUAUACUAAAGACAAAUCUUUUUAUUGAAGUAAUAUGGCAUAUUCUUUAUCCAAGCUCUACACUUAUGGACCAUUACAGCAUCCACACUGGGGAAUCAGUCUGUACAUGAGAAAUGUAUGAAAGCCUUUGAAUAACAUUCAAAUCUUAGAAAACAAAAUCCAGACUUUGUUCUGAGGAAAAAUUCUGCAAAUGUGAUAUUGCAAGAAAAUUUUCAGUAAAACAUUUUACUUUCUCACCUUCAAAUCA